CCCUGCGACAAUGGGGGCCCCGGAUCCGUCAGCCAUUGAGCAGGGGACAGAAGAGCGACUGUUGGUGAGGAAAGACGUGUUCCGUCCGUGGCCCAAAACUCGGCGCGCACUGAAAGCGUGCUUGCUGACCGUCAAAGGGGUCCUGUUCCGCGUCGGGGAUGACUGGUACUUCCUGUUCGCACUGGGGGUCAUCAUGGCCCUCAUCAGCUUCACCAUGGACUUCACCGUCUCCAAAAUGCUGAAUGCUCACAGCUGGCUGCAGCAGGAAUUGGGGACACACACUCUGCUCCGCUUCCUCUCCUGGAUUGUCUACCCCGUCGCCCUGGUGUCCUUCUCCACUGGAUUCGCUCAGAGCAUAACACCUCACUCCGGGGGUAAGAUGUCCUUUCCGGG